GGCGAGUGAUUAGGGAUUCUGUUCACCUGCGGCUGCUCCUGCAGACUCUCACAAUCGAAGGAAAAAACGACCGCUGAGAUUUCCCACCGCUGCCGUUACCGGCAGAUUUGCAGGCUCAGCGCUCGACCUGCUUCUGCAAAUCAAAUAUGUGGGCAUUAUCUCCGCGGGAGAAUCCGUCUCUAAUCAAAUAACCAGUAAUACUGGUACACGCCGGCCUGUGUUGUUUUGUUUGCGGUGCUUAAAAUGCAAACAGGAUUUCAAGUGGAGUAAUCUGAGGGUCUGUGCUUGGCACAAGAGGCGGAUCUGGCACGCCGAGGUCUGUGUGCCGUCAGGAAAGGCCUGGCUGCCUUGGAAACAGAAGAAGGCAACCCAAAGGAGGAAAGCACUCAAGAAGGGGGCGGGAGGCAGAGGGAAAAAAGGUGGAGUGUUGUAUGGAGAGAGAGGGAAUGGAGAGCCAGAGGCAGAGUGAAAACACACUGGAUUCAAGAGAAAGAGUCAACGUGAGAGACAACUUGGGGGUGGGAAUGAAGUGGUGAAUGAGGCAGAGAAAGUCUGAGGCGUUCUUUGCACAGCACUGCUCGCCUCGUUCAUUCACAAAACAAACGCAGGAAGGCGUAGAGGAAGCUGGGAGAGAGAGAGUGAUCCGCAUAACAGGAGGCAGUGCAGCAACAGAGCGCCGCGACCAGGCAUGCGAGUCCCCCGAGAAGAGGGUUAACCGCAAACGCAGACCCCGAGCGAGAGCAGCGAGGCAGAUAUCCUGCACGACACCACAGAUGCCACAGACUCCCACACCCUUGAGUGGAAACCAGAGGGCUCCUGGCGAAGGGGGUCCCGACAGAUGCGGCGGUCCCUGCGCAGGGCCCUGGGCUCGGCCCUCAGGUGGCUGGGGGUGAAGGUGUGCCGCAGGAGCGCGCUGCUGGUCGUCCUGCUGUGGCUGGCCUCCUGGCUCUUCCUCAAUGGCCUGGUGUUCGUGCACAGGAACAUGUUCUCAGACUUCUGCACUGACGACAAGAGCAAAGAGAUCCUGCAGAGGGUGUGUGAUGAGUAUCAGCAGGGCGUUCUGACCGGUGACCUCUGCGAGGACCUCUGCGUGGCCGGUCGUGUGGAAUACAAACGCUGCCUCUAUUACGAAAAUGGCAAGAAGGUCAUGGCCGCCAACUGGCGUGGAGUGCCUGUUGUUCUCAAGUCAAAGCUGGAGAAUUUCUCCUCCUAUGAGGCUUUGGCUCUGCUGGAGUACCAGGAUGCGGCAGGAGGAAUGGGUGGCGAGGAGGAGCUCUCGCCACUGGAUGUUGUCUUCUACGCCACCCUGGAGAUCAAGAACUCACUCGGCCUGGAGACGGGAACUAACUUGACGUUGCCCCGCUUGUGGGGCCAGAAGCUGAAGGAGAGCGAGCGGACGUACUCGCGAGCUGAGCUGGCCUCGCUAUGGUCUCUCCUUCAGCAGGAGGAGUAUAUCUUCCUCAGGGUCCUGCAGGAUUUGACCCACCACGUGGCCAAGAUCCUGGGCUCUUGUGGUCACUUCUAUGCCGUGGAGUACUUGGCGGCUGGACACGCAUGGGACCAACACAUAUUCUCUCUGGAGGAUCUGUCACUGAGCCCCUCGCCGAGCCCGGACAGCGGGCAGGACAGGAUGUUCACCGUGAGAGAUAUGGUGCCCCGAGUGGCUCUGAGCUUUCUGGAGAUGGUGGAGCAUUUCGAGAAUGAUUUUUCCCACCGCUUACACCUCUGUGAUAUCAAACCAGAGAACUUUGCUAUCAGGAAGGACCUGACGGUGGUGGCAAUAGAUGUGGACAUGGCUUUUUUUGAGCCCAAAAUGAGAGACAUACUUGAGCAGAACUGCACCAGUGACAAUGACUGCAACUUCUUUGACUGCAUCUCCAAGUGUGACAAAACUAAAAACAGAUGUGGGCCAAAACGCAAAAACAGUAAUCUUCAGGUGAUCUGUGAGAAGAUCUUCAGGCCUUGGUUUUCUCCCACGUUGCUCGGCGCUAAAGCGGGGCUCCCCCUGCAGGUGGAUCUGCAGCGAGCCGUGCAGGAGUGCGCAGAUUUCGACGGCGGGGAGGACGGCGAGCGCAGGCGGGCCGUGAGACAGCAGCUACAGGCUCUACUCGUGGAGCUCGUUCAGGAAGAUGCGGGAAACCAGGGGGAAGGCCAGGAACACAAGAUGAGACGCGUCCAUACGGCACUUAAUUUCUAAAUAAACUCUCAAAAGAGCAAAUGCAGUCGUGCAAUUCUGGAAAACAUCUGAGAUGACUAUUAUAAAGCCAAUUCACACUGCACUGACAGACGCAGGCCAACACACACAAUCACCAGAUUACAGCAGGGCCGUAAUCACCAUAGGCAUUGAGGGGAACAAGUCUCCCCCAAUAAUUAGAAAUGGCCAAAUUGUCCUCCCCAGUAUUUGAAAUUCUCACACUGCUCUACUGCACUUCAUUACGCAGCUAUCUCUAUGUUGUUAUGAUGACAAAAAUGUUAAAAAGUUAAAUUUUUAGUCUGGUCUGCCUCAGCGGUCUAACAACGCUCGUUAAUGUCAAAAUGAUUGAGAUGGACAAUCAAAUCAAAGUAGGCGCUGUUUACAUUUUCUUUUGGCUCUGCACAGACGAGCACGUCAAUCUGUCACUUAAUGCCAUUGCGGAGACUCGAUUCUUUCCGGUGAAAUCACAAAACAGAAUGCACACAAACGUGUCCCUGCUCUUGAUAUACAAUCACUGAUAAACAUCUUUGAUUUUUAUGAGGAAAAAAACCUACAUGAGGGCAGAUCAGAACCAGGAACCUGACACGGGUAACAAAAGUUCUACCACCAGACCACUAGGGAAUUUGAAUGUUAUUUGCAGAUCUAUGUAUUUAUUCACUAAUGUGAAGAAUCUCGGGACUAACAAUAUAUUGUAUUAUAGAUAUAGUAGAUGUAAGAAUGAAACUAUCACAUUAAACAUGAGUUCUCAAUUUACUAUUGGAACUGAUUUCUAGACAUCAUAAUUUUUUUUCUUCUACAAUUGUUAUUGUACCUAUCUAAACUAGCAUUGUAUUAGCAUUAAAAUAAAUAAUUAAUGUUCAAUGUCCCCUCCCACUUUUCAGACAUCCCACGACCCAACAAACGCUGAAUCAACAUGUUCAACUGGUGAACACAAGCACCGACCAACACCGACAGGGGUAACACACUGAUCGGACAAAACCUGACGAAGUGAAGUGACCCGUCUGUCAGUGCAGUGUGAAUUGGCCUAUAGUCAAGAUUACUUUAUUCAGAUGUUUUCCAACAGUUUGAUUCAUUAGCAUAUUUGUUUACUUCUAAUCCUCAAAAUGUCUGUUAAAUGGGACACUGUAGUUCACUCAGAAAUGAAAGUUUUGUCAUCAUUUUCUCACUCUCAUGUCUUUCCAAACCUGACUUUUUUUUUCUUCUGUGACACACAAAAUAAGACAUCUUAACAAAUGUUUCAACUGUUUUUCCAUAAGUCAAUAUGAUCGAAAACAUGUUUUCAUUGAGUUUCAUUUCAUAGUUUUUUUUUUAAAAUAUGUUCCAUAGAAGAAAGAUAUGCAUACAGCUUUGGGAUGACAGACUGUAUUUUUUGGGGGGCGAACUAUCUCUUUAAGGGUGUAGAUAUGUCUCUUCCCAGCUAACAAAUAUAUGUUCUAAGAAUGUUUUGCUAACGUUCCCAUUAAGUUAUGAAAACAUUAUUUCUGAAUGUUCGAAAUGUCCAGUUUUUUAAAUGUUUUAAUUUGUUGUUUUUUUGCAAAGGGAACAUUUCAUUUUGCAAACAUUAUUGGAACAUUACUUAUGAAUGUUUUCUAAACAAUCUCAAACCAGUAGUAACGUUUAAAAAUGUUAGACGAAUGUCCAACUAAAGCGUUCCAUAAACAAUGUUUAGAUAAUUUUUUUUAGUGGUAAUGUUUUGAGAACAUUAUUAAUGACCAGGGGCCUUGUUUAUAAAACGUGCAUACGCACAGAUUUUGAACAGUGUGCGUACGCUAAAAUCCAUGCCAACGUUCAUAUUUAUAAAAACUGUCUUUGAUGUGGAAAAGUGCUUAGCGCCACUUCAGGGUCUAAGCUUACAUACGCACCUUUCCUUGUGGCAGAGAGUCGGAGUACUGCAGGUAUUUGGAAAUCUAAGCAAUUCUUACUGCUCAACGUUUUCAAGUAAAGCAUUUGGACGUUGACUGGUGAGGUUAUAUGUUAAUGACAUUAAUUAGGUGGCGUUUAAGCCAAAGUUCUGAGAACGUUCCCUGUUAGCUGGGUUGCCGUUAAGUAAGAAUCAUGUCAGUCACAUGAUCAGGAAUUUCAUGAGAGCGAAAGAUUUCCUCACAUAGAUUCACAUCAACAGGUUCAAGUUGCUCUGACCAACAGGAAGCUGCUUGGUUUGACUUCUGUGUGAGCUGUGCUUCAUACAUCUCUACACCAUUAACAAUAGAUAAUGGAAGGUUUUGCCUGCGAAACUCUGGAUCAUCUCAGCUAAUGUAUCCAUUUUAUUUCCUGAAGAGAAAUUGUCUACCUGUGAUUUUGUAUAAGCAUUUUAAAUAAACCAUGGCUCAGGCACAA